AUGUCUUCUAAGGAUUGGAGGCAGUGGUUGAAACUGACCAAAAAACAGUUACGACAGCUGGGUCGUACGAUCGAUCAAGAGCUGGGAAAUGUGCUGGAACGUCAUAUGCCCGCACAUGCUGGUAGGAUGAUGAAAGUUCCUGUACCAGUUAGGAACACUCCUGCUAGGUUCCCUGUGAGAAAUAUUACUUCCCGAAACUUUCAUCAAAUUGCUAGAUCUAGUGAGGGUUUGGGCCGUCAGCAACUGACUCGCAACAUUUCACAGGGUAAAAAUUCUGUGAGAAGUGGAGUUACUUUGUUUUCAUCUGGAUCGAGAGUUCCUAAUGGAACUCCUCGUGGUUUGUUUACGAACUGGAAUAUGACUAGUUCAAGAUUCUCCUCAGGAAGAAUGUAUUCUACCGCUAGUAUUAAGUUCACUCACGAAGCUGUUAACAAUAUGUCAAUCUCAUUGCGUUGUUUCUUCAACUCACUCAGCGGAUUCAAACCAACCGAUCAGAGCACUCAAGUGCGCAUGAAAAGUUUCAUGGAGCCUUCUUCUAAGCUUUCUGGGAAAGACAUUUCCUUGAUUCGUGAGAUGGAAGUGUUCGACAUGAUCGCUAAUCACAAAACCGAAUGUCUUUAUGCCGGAUCCGAAUCCGAAACUUUCGGUGCAUUUGUUGAAUUUCAAAUGCCAAAGCUUGAUCUCGAAAACGUUGUCCCUGCUAUGGUUUUUGUUAACGAUUCGAUAGUGGAUGAUCUACAAGACGAAAUUGCAAGAUACACCAAGUCUUUGAAAGAACUUCAAGAGGCCGUCCGACGAAUCUAUGAAAAUUAUGGGUCAUUGCCAUUGACGUUCGAAGGGGGCCGACUGCGCAUCCAUUUCCCCAACCUUACAAUGAUCGAAGCAGAGAAACUUAUUGUGGAUCUGGGGAUAACCUUGGGUUGUGUUUAUCCAGAUCAUGAACGGCGGGGUGCGGGACCCAACAAAGAUGAUAAUAUUCUAUCCAAUGUCAAUUCUUUUAAUGAUUUAUCAAGCAUCGAUUUGCAUUGCUCUUCUGUCCUAUCGGAAUCGUGCUCCUCUUGGGAUCAUUACCAGCUCGUUUGA